UGGAGCUCAGGGAGCCCUUCUUGGCCCCUCUGUUCUCCUGCCUCAGAGCCGUGCAGACCUGGCUCCAGCACAGAUGUACCUGGAGACCCCUGCAUUCCCUCCUCCUUAUCCUGGCUCUGGUUGGACCAGUGGCUUGUGGCUGAGCCUCUGAGCAUUAGUUUUCCCUGCUCCCAGCUCCCAGGCAGGGUCAGGUUCACUGUCGCACGUGGUGGCAACAAGCAGGCCUGGUUCUAAGCGCUCUGGUGGUGAACAAGCAGGGUGUCCACUCUGGGGUGGGAGUGGAGGUAAAGGCAGAUAGAUAACUUCAGGUCCUGGGAAUACCACGAGGGAAAGAAAAGGUGUGUGUGGGGAGGGAUGCUACCUUGGAUAGGGUGGUCAGGGAGGGCCUCUCUCAAGUGUUCCCAGACUGAGGGGACAGCAGGGGCAAAGUCAUGGGGAUGGGAAGAAGAGCAGUGUGUUUGGAGCAAGUGAAUGAGGGGGAGCCUGGGAAGAUAUGAGAUGACAGUGUGGGCCCAGGAAGGAUCUGGACUUUCUUCUAAAAGCAGCACGCAUUCUUGGAAGCCCUUCGAAGGGCCUGGCCACCCCUCCCACAAAAUGCCUGAGGGCCCUGAGCUGCAUCUGGCCAGCCGCUUUGUGAACGAGGCAUGUGGAGGGCUGGUGUUUGGUGGGUGUGUGGAGAAGUCACCCAUCAGCCGCAACCCUGAGGUGCCCUUUGAGAGCAGUGCCUACCGCAUCUCAGCCUCAGCCCGUGGCAAGGAGCUGCGCCUGACACUGAGCCCCCUGCCUGGGGCCCAGCCCCCACAGGAGCCCUUGGCCCUCGUCUUCCGCUUUGGCAUGUCUGGCUCCUUCCAGCUGGUACCCAGGGAUAUGCUGCCACCGCAUGCCCAUCUGCGCUUUUACACAGCUCCACCUGGCCCCCGACUUGCCCUCUGCUUUGUGGACAUCCGCCGCUUCGGCCACUGGGACCUCAGGGGCGAGUGGCAGCCAGGCCGCGGGCCAUGUGUCUUGCUGGAGUACGAGCAGUUCAGGGAGAAUGUAUUACAAAACCUAGCUGACAAGGCCUUUGACCGGCCCAUCUGCGAGGCCCUGUUGGACCAGAGGUUCUUCAAUGGCAUUGGCAACUAUCUGCGGGCAGAGAUCCUGUACCGGCUGAGGAUACCCCCCUUUGAGAAGGCCCGCACGGUUCUGGAGGCGCUGCAGCAGCGCAGGCCGAGCCCGGCGCUGACCCUGAGCCAGAAGAUCAGGGCCAAGCUGCAGAACCCAGACCUGCUGGAGUUGUGCCACUCAGUGUCCAAGGAAGUGGUCCAGUUGGGGGGCAAAGGCUACGGGCCGGAGAUCGGGGAGGAGGACUUUGCUGCCUUUCGAGCCUGGCUGCGGUGCUAUGGCAUGCCAGGCAUGAGCUCCCUCCAGGACCGGCAUGGCCGGACCAUCUGGUUCCAGGGGGAUCCUGGACCUCUGGCACCCAAAGGGGGCAAGUCCCACAAGAAGAAAUCCAAGGGACUGCAGCAGGGACCUGAGGACAGAACGGAGGACCCUCCACCCCCAAGCAAGGCCCCUUCUAGGACACGAAGGGCACGGAGAGGCCUCCCUGAGCAGACUACAGCCCAGCAGCCCAAGGGGACUAGCCUCCAACAGGACCCAGAAGCCCCUCCAGUCACUGAAAAGGGAAGAGGAGGGGGCAACCAGUACUCUCAGGUGGGCCUUCCUCAGCAUCCUCCUCUGGAGAGGGAAAGGGCACCACUGAAAUGGGCUCUCCAGGAGAAGAAGGGAUGGCAGUGUAGGUGGAAGGAAUGUGUGGACAAAGGUGGGAUCCCGGAAGGCUGUCUGGGCAGUCCUUAGCCUGGGGUCUGAGCUGCCACCUCACCUGUCCCCCCCUAGACACCACAGACCCCAAAGAUGAAGCCUGACACCCCACCCUUGGAGCCUGAAGGGACUUCUGCCUCUUAGCAGGAGGGUCUCUUUGCUUGCAUCCACCCUUCCCACUGCCUUGCGCUGCAUCUGGAAGCCUGUGUGGUUUCCUGGAAGCAGGUAGUGGUUGAAGGGGGCUGGAUGACCCUGGCCCUAUGGCUGUUCCCUGCACAACUAACUAUGAUGUUUUUAAUUGUACCCCACCUUCCCCAUUUUUAAAGCUGAUGUGAAAAAUGCUGUAUUUUUUAUAAACUGAUAAACUUGAACUUCUUGGCACUUCUUGGGCUGGCUGCAGAAAAGGUCUGGGAUGGCCAAGUUGGGAAGUCCAUCUCCUCAGCAAGGCAAACUGAGCCCCAUCCCAGUCCUCA